CCCUCCCUUCUGCCAGAGUCCCUGUUGCCAUGGGCCAGCCUCAGGGGAAUGGACCUAUGAUGUCCACUGGGAAAGGAGCAGCGGCCGUGCGGGGCUGUUCCGGAGCCUUUGCCUCUUCAGCGUCCCUUCCUGCACAGUCACGGGCGAGGACAGCUAGAUGGAAGGGUCUGCUGGGCAAGUCAUGUAAUAUUUCUGAUCCUCAGUGUUAUACUACAAAAUGGGCAUAACAGUGUCUACCUACUCCAUCGUGUGGACCAAAGGAGAUGGUUAAUGUGAAAGCCCUUUGUGAACCUGAAGUGGGCAACUGCCAGGCGAAUAUCAUUAUGGGCACAGGUUCUGUGUCAUCUUCUCUCCUGGUGUUCCCACGGCCGGGACCAGAGACCUCCCUGAUGACUGGGGCACCUGUGGAUGAUGAAGAUGCCACAGUCAACAAGAUUGCGCUUGAGCUGUGCACCUUUACCCUGGCAGUUGCCCUGGGUGCUGUCCUGCUCCUGCCCUUCUCCAUCAUCAGCAAUGAAGUGCUGCUCUCCCUGCCUCGGAACUACUACAUCCAGUGGCUCAACGGCUCCCUCAUCCAUGGCCUCUGGAACCUUGUUUUUCUCUUCUCCAACCUGUCCCUCAUCUUCCUCAUGCCCUUUGCAUAUUUCUUCACUGAGUCUGAGGGCUUUGCUGGCUCCAGAAAGGGUGUCCUGGGCCGGGUCUAUGAGACGGUGGUGAUGUUGAUGCUCCUCACGCUGCUCGUGCUGGGUAUGGUGUGGGUGGCAUUAGCCAUUGUGGACAACAACAAGGCCAGCAGAGAGUCACUCUAUGACUUCUGGGAGUACUAUCUCCCCUACCUCUACUCAUGCAUCUCCUUCCUCGGGGUUCUGCUGCUCCUGGUGUGUACUCCACUGGGUCUUGCCCGGAUGUUCUCGGUCACUGGGAAGCUGCUGGUCAAGCCUCGGCUGCUGGAAGACUUGGAGGAGCAGCUGUACUGCUCAGCCUUUGAAGAGGCAGCCCUGACCCGCAGGAUCUGUAAUCCUACUUCCUGCUGGCUGCCUUUAGACAUGGAGCUGCUACACAGACAGGUCCUGGCUCUGCAGACACAGAGGGUCCUGCUGGAGAAGCGGCGAAAGGCUUCAGCCUGGCAGCGGAACCUAGGCUAUCCCCUGGCCAUGCUGUGCUUACUGGUGCUGACGGGCUUGUCUGUGCUCAUUGUGGCCAUCCACAUCCUGGAGCUGCUCAUCGAUGAGGCUGCCAUGCCCCGAGGCAUGCAGGGUGCCUCCCUAGGCCAGGUCUCCUUCUCCAAGCUGGGCUCCUUUGGUGCCGUCAUUCAGGUUGUACUCAUCUUUUACCUAAUGGUGUCCUCAGUUGUGGGCUUCUAUAGCUCUCCGCUGUUCCGGAGCCUGCGGCCCAGAUGGCAUGACACCACCAUGACGCAGAUAAUUGGGAACUGUGUCUGUCUCCUGGUCCUAAGCUCAGCACUUCCUGUCUUCUCUCGAACCCUAGGGCUCACUCGCUUUGACCUGCUGGGUGACUUUGGACGCUUCAACUGGCUGGGCAAUUUCUACAUUGUGUUCCUCUACAAUGCAGCCUUUGCAGGCCUCACCACACUCUGUCUGGUGAAGACCUUCACUGCAGCUGUGCGAGCAGAGCUGAUCCGGGCCUUUGGGCUGGACAGACUGCCGCUGCCUGUCUCCGGUUUCCCCCGGGCAUCUAGGAAGACCCAGCACCAAUGACCUCCAGUUAGGGGUGGGAGGGAGAAAACUGGACACUGCCAUCUGCUGUCUAGGCCUGGAGGGAAGCCCAAGGGUAGCUGGACCUCAGGACUUGAAAUCUGAGAGGGUGGGUGGCGGAGGGGAGCUGAGCCGUCUGCACUGUUGCAUAAUCUGAGCCAGAGUUUAGGACCAGGACCCCCUAGUUUUCCAUACUUAACUGUGGCCUCAGCAUGGGGUAGGGCUGGGUGACUGGGUCUGGCCCUGGUCCCAAAUCCGUUUACACAUCAAUCUGCCUCACUGCUGUUCUGGGCUGUGCCCAUAGCCAUGUUUACAUGAUCUGAUGUGCAAUAGGGUGGGAGGGGGCAGGGGAAGGACUGGGCCAGUGCAGGCUUGUCAGGGGUAGAUUGUCUCCCUUGCCUCUGGCCCAGCAGAGCCUAAUCCCUGUACUAUCCUGGAGGGGCUUUGGACCACCAGAAAGACCAAGGGCAUAGGGAGGAGGAGGCUUCACCCAUCAGCAAUAAAGUUGAUCGCAGGGUUUGCUUUGUUUUUUUAAAUAA